AUGGAAUCUGGGAGAAGGGGAUGGAAUCUGGGAGAAGGGGAUGGAAUGAGGGAAAAGGGGAUGGAAUCUGGGAGAAGGGGAUGGAAUCUGGGAGAAGGGGAUGGAAUCUGGGAAAAGGGGAUGGAAUCUGAGAGAAGGGGAUGGAAUAUGGGAGAAGGGGAUGGAAUCUGGGAGAAGGGGAUGGAAUCUGGGAGAAGGGGAUGGAAUCUGGGAGAAGGGGAUGGAAUUUGGGAGAAGGGGAUGGAAUCAGGGAGAAGGGGAUGGAAUAUGGGAGAAGGGGAUGGAAUCUGGGAGAAGGGGGUGGAAUCGGGGAGAAGGGGAUUGAAUCUGGGAGAAGGGGAUGGAAUCGGGGAGAAGGGGAUGGAACGAGGGAGAAGGGGAUGGAAUCGAGGAGAAGGGGAUGGAAUCUGGGAGAAGGGGAUGGAAUAUGGGAGAAGGGGAUGGAAUCUGGGAGAAGGGGAUGCAAUUUUGGAGAAGGGUAUGGAAUCUGGGAGAAGGGGAUGGAAUCUGGGAGAAGGGGAUGGAAUCUUGGAGAAGGGGAUGGAAUCUAGGAGAAGGGGAUGGGAUCUGAGAGAAGGGGAUGGAAUGUGGGAGAAGGGGGGAGAAGGGGAUGGAAUCUGGGAGAAGGGGAUGGAAUCUGGGAGAAGGGGAUGGAAUCUGGGAGAAGGGGAUGGAAUCUCGGAGAAGGGGAUAGAAUGUGGGAGAAGGGGAUGGAAUCUGGGAGAAGAAAGAUGGAACCUGGGAGAAGGGGAUGGAAUCUGGGAGAAGGGGAUGGAAUCUGGGAGAAGGGGAUGGAAUCUGGGAGAAGGGGAUGGAAUCUGGGAGAAGGGAUGGAAUCUGGGAGAAGGGUAUGGAAUCAGGGAGAAGGGGAUGGAAUCUGGGAGAAGGGGAUGGAAUCUGCGAGAAGGGGAUGGAAUAUGGGAGAAGGGGAUGGGAUCCGGGAGAAGAGGAUGGAAUCAGGGAGAAGGGUAUGGAAUCUGGGAGAAGGGGAUGGAAUAUGGGAGAAGGGGAUGGAAUCUGGGAGAAGGGGAUGGAAUCUGGGAGAAGGGGAUGGAAUCUGGGAGAAGGGGAUGGAAUCUGGGAGAAGGGGAUGGAAUCUGGGAGAAGGGGAUGGAAUCUGGGAGAAGGGGAUGGAAUCUCGGAGAAGGGGAUAGAAUGUGGGAGAAGGGGAUGGAAUCUGGGAGAAGGGGAUGGAAUCUGGGAGAAGGGGAUGGAAUAUGGGAGAAGGGGAUGGAAUCUGGGAGAAGGGGAUGGAAUCUGGGAGAAGGGGAUGGAAUCUGGGAGAAGGGGAUGGGAUCUGGGAGAAGGGGAUGGAAUCUGGGAGAAGGGGAUGGAAUCUGGGAGAAGGGGAUGGAAUCUCGGAGAAGGGGAUGGAAUCUGGGAGAAGGGGAUGGAAUCUGGGAGAAGGGGAUGGGAUCAGGGAGAAGGGGAUGGAAUCUGGGAGAAGGGGAUGGAAUCUGGGAGAAGGGGAUAGAAUUUGGGAGAAGGGGAUGGAAUCUGGGAGAAGGGGAUGGAAUAUGGGAGAAGGGGAUGGAAUCUGGGAGAACGGGAUGGAAUUUGGGAGAAGGGGAUGGAAUCUGGGAGAAGGGGAUGGAAUCUGGGAGAAGGGGAUGGAAUCUGGGAGAAGGGGAUGGAAUCUAG